GCUCGGGGGGCUCCCGCUGGCCGAGGACGGAGGAGCAGCAUCCUGGUGGAUUGGAGAGCCGCUGUUUCCUCUUGAGCCUCCCUUUGUGUCCCAUGUGGGAAGGACGCUCCGUGGAAUGGCUCCUGAUUCGGCGUGCCUCUUUUCCCAGUGGCAAGGCAGUGGAAGGACCAUGGAGACCAAGCAUCUUCUUCUUCUUCUUCUCCGUGGGAUCAUCUUAAUUCCACUGGCAGUUUAAUGAGAGCGAUGGCAACACAAGUAGAAGUUGGCUCCGCCCUCCCUUCCUUGACCACACGAAGUGAACUCACGGGCGAAGUGAAACUGCGGCACACCUUUGCCAGCUCUCUCUCCAGUGUCAGCAACAAGCCCGGUGAACUCUCCACUUCUUUGUCACCGCUGAUUCUGGAAGAGAGGAGCAAAUUCGGAACCCCUUUGAGACCGGCCACCAUGCCUCCUGUUGCUUCGAGACCGCGCCUGACUCCCAAACCAUUUUCCCGGGAGAAGUCUUUCGAUACUUUUUCGGUGGUGAGACCUCCCGUCACCAUAUUCAAACCAAGUAACGUUGCCCCCAACCCGCCCGUGUUUGCUAAAACCUUUGAAGAUAUGACAGCUACUAAGGGGUUAACUGGAAACGUUCCCCCACUGGUAGAUCAAAAAUUAAUUGAAGACAAAAGCCCUAGUGAGCUAGUGCCAAAUAUGCCCUUUGAUUCCAGUCCCCAGGCAAAUACGGUCAUCCUUUUUGAAACUGGGAAGUCAGAGAAGGGCAGGAUGUUCACCCCAGAGAAGAGCCAUCUUGGUUCACCUCAAAUAUGUGGCAGUUUGCAAGCGCCAGAGGGGCAUCUGGCCCCGUCGAAGUCAGAGGUGUUCUGCAGAACAGCUGGAAUUCACAGGCAGCUCUCUCUGUCCUCUGAAUCCAGACCAGUCUCCUGGAAUCCUUGUAUAUCUCUGGAAAAGAAAGACAACUUGACGGCUGCUUCUGAGGGGAAGGGGGAAGUUAUGGAAAGGCAGCACAGCGCUAGCGUUAGCUCGGCUGAUGAGGUGCAGCUCAGGCUGAAACAGAGGCCCGUGUCUGCUAUCUUUCUGGAAUCAUUAAAGGAUCAAAAGCCAUGCUGCUUAGAAGUUUCAGAUGAAAAAUCUCUUCCCGAGAAGACUUGGGUUAGGAAACCGAGGCCACUCUCUAUGGAUCUUACAGCAAAAUUUGAGAACAGAGACCUUUCUUCACAAAGGAAAUCUUGUCCCACUGAGAUCAAGGAGAUGAACGUGAGCCCUGAUCCCACCAAACAGGGUUCCGUCGCGCCAUUCGAGAGGUGGACGAAGAAUGAGACUGGGGCUUUGGGUAGAGCUGAGCCUUCAAAAUCCACUUUGAAAAGUCCUGGCCCAUUUGCCGGCUUUGCCAGUGUUCUGAACCCAAAGCCCUUCCCAAGUGAGGAGGCCUCUUCACACCAGGGCACUCAGAAGGACUUUCCCCACGUCUCUGCCAGGGACAGAAAAUGCCUGUGGGAGUCCAGGCUCAGAAGGCACGAGGAACAAAAUGCAAGUGAAAUGGAGGCCGAAGCCACUGCAGAAAAAGUCCCGGAGCCAUCCAGUGUCAAAGGCCAGUCAGUUAAAGAGAGGGCGGCAUUAAGUCCGAAGGAUCCAGGUGCAGCUAGAAAGAACUGCAUGCACGGUUCAGACACUGAAAACCAGAGUUUGAGAGAUGUUGAAAAGCCCAUUGAUGUGCCAGAUAGAUCAGCAAAUGAUGCAACUUCAGGGAAUGUUGAAUCUCAGCCGGAAAGCCCUGGGGAAGAAAGCAGAAUUCUGAACAUUCAGCAGAGAAUCAAAGAACUAACCGCAGAAACUACAGAUGCAAAGGCAGGAAGUCUACGCCUGUCGUUCCGGUCCCGGCCCCUUUCUGCAGACUUGACCAAACUGUUUUCAAGCCACAUCACUGCCGGCGAACUGAAGGCUGAGAAACUGGCCGAGCUGAACAAGAAGCCAGCAAACAAAACGCAGGAGAGUCCAGAGAUCAAGGCGACUCUGGUGUUUGGGACAGACUCUGGAGAAGCCCACGCUGGAGGAGUGCCGUGGAGGCCGCAGCAGCAGCCGCCUGUGAAAAUCCUGCCGCUGCAGAGAGAUGGCAGCUUGGCCCGAGAGAGGCAGAGCGGCGCUCUCCAGGGGGACAGCCCCGCUUCACUUGCAGGUCACGACGUGCACACAAGUUCCACGUUCCCUGCAGAAAAAGCAUGCAUCAAAACUGUCAGGGCAACGAUGUUUGAGCAUCACAUGCAAAGGCACAACGUAACUGCUGAUCACCUUGCAGCUGAGCCCCCAUCCCAGCCAACGAAUGAGGCGCUUGGGAACUGUAGGGAAUCCUGGAUGGGAAAAGCAGCAGAGUCCGCAGUCUUCUCCGAGGAAAUGCCCCAAAGGCAGCUCGAUAGAUUAGUGGAUGCCAAAAAACCUGGAAAAGCAAACGCCUUAACUAAAGAGCGAGUCCUGCAGGAGACCACGUGGAAAAAACCCACCAGCAUGGAGAAGUGGGAGUACCCCUCCCCAAAGCACGCGGGAGACUCCUUAGUGUGCCAGAGGGUAGAGCCAAAGUAUGAAAUUCUCCAGACAGUGGGCAAAAGGGCUCAAAGUGAAGCCAUUGCUACAGUCUGCGAGGAUAAAGCGGUAACUCUGCGAAGCAGAAGGUCCCUGAAAGAGAGGAGGAGACUUGGGGAGAGUUUUGUGGAUGCUUCCUGGUCGCGUAGCCUUGACCUCAAGCGGGACAGCUGGAAAGAGGAUGGCUUUGUUUCCAAAAGGAAGGAUGGGGUGCCAACUACUGCGGAAGCAGAUACUUCGCGAGCAUUUAAUGCCUCCCUUGGCCAGCGUGCUUUCUCUGUGCAAGCAGAGUUGGACAAAAAUCAGAUUGGACAGAAGCAUGUGACUGCAAAAGUUUCAUGCUUGACAAAUAGAGACAGAGGUGGAGGUGCGACGGAAGACAGAGUCUGUGUGGCAUCUGCAGAAGUGGAGAAAGAGAAGAGCAGAGGGAAGACAGAAGGUUCCAAAGUGCUGAAACACUUACCUGGGAAUUCCGAAGCAGGACCUGGCAGGAUGGACGGUGGGGACACUGGAGCCGACAUCAGUCAGAGCUGGGCUUCGGGCAGUCCCAGGAAGCCGGAGGGGCAUCUUUCUGGCAGUGGGAAUAGCCCGUGGCAAACGGUUGGCAGCAAGGUGCUUCCCCACCAUAGCACAGACAGGAGAACCUACGAGCAGGAAGAAGCCAAAGUCUCUGGGCUCCGGACAUGCCCAACUGCACGCCGUGCACAAGAAACAUCAGAUGCUGCAGGUCACAGACCCGAAGGACACUCGCAUCUUCACUUCGAGGCCGAAGAGCAGGGGAAGAGAAGCGGCCAUUGUGCUUCUGCUGGGAAGGCAUCGGAAAGAUGGCGGCGGAAAACGUUGUCUCACGACUUCAGGUUUGAGGGUGCGGGGGGGACCCUGGCUGAAGAGGGCACCAAAGCACUGAUUCGAAGAGACUCUUUGCAAUUCCACGAGGGCUCGAUUGCGAAGAAAAGCAGAAAGCCCAGAGGCACCUUGGAGCCGAGGGAGGGGACUUCGGUUUCUCCCAGCAGUCCUGAGGGCCGUUUUAAGGAUCAGCCCUCUCCAUCGACUCCAAAGGUCACCUAUUUCGCCGUUACGUACCAGAUCCCGAAUGAAGCUGAAGGGAGCUCUGACAAAGAAUUUGCUCACCAAAGCAGAUGGUUUUCCUCACUGGUGGAACACGCGUCGUUUGCUUCUAAUGCAGGCGCUCCCAGAAGAUCCCAUCCAUCAUCCGAUCUCCGGUCCUGUGCCGCCAUUUCUGAGGCCCCAGGCUCUUUGGGUAGGCACUUUGGCAGGGACUGGGAGGAAGCAGGAGGAGGAGGAGGAGAUGCAUCAGCUCUUCUGAAGAAAGGGCCAUUUAAAUAUCCAGUAAGCGAGGGGAGAGAGGAGAGCUGGAGGUCUCUUGAGAGGCAGAUGGAGGAUGCUAAAGAUAGGACUCCAGGUACUGAACAUCUCAUUCACGCAGUCGUGGCCUCUUCCUCCUCACCAGGCGACCAGAAGUCCCCCUCAUAUUUCAGACCUCUCCACCAAGGUGGUGGUGACCAUUUAGGGCAAAGGAAGCCCAGUGACUAUAGCCAUGGCGGCUCCAUGGAGAAGAACGCUGAUAAUUACCGCUCAAGGGUUCUUGACAUUGACGCUUUGAUGGCAGAGUAUAAAGAAGAUUCUCUGAAGCCCUCUGUGACUCGGGACAGGAGAGAGGGGGAAGACAGCAGCCUGUUUCCUUGGGAGAAGGGGAGAAGGAGUUCCUUGGAGAAAACAUCUUUCAGUUACAGCCGGAAAGAGUCACACGGCUGGAAGGAUUCCCCGAGAAGCCCUAGGCAGGAUGUCCCCAGGCCUGAGACCAUGUGCGCAAGUGAGAAAGAGAGGCUGGACAGCCGGGAGCUGAGUUCCCUCCAGCAGAGGGGUGGGAAGUUCAGCCCCUCUCCCGGGGCAAGGCCUCCUGGCCUGGGCUUGCCUGCAGAUGCCACCAGCUCCAAGAAGAAGAAGACCUUCAUUCUGGAUGAGGAGCCGGGAGCGAGCCUCAUGCUGUGGUCCCCAGGGGCAAAACACGGAGAGUACAGCCCCCUCUCUUUGGACUUGCAAGGGGAGGCUGGCUUCGCUCCUCACCCCUCCUCAGCGCUCACCAACAGCCUCUUGCAGAAAGGACCGGGGCCAAAGCAGCAGCAGCAGGCGGCCGAUGUGCCUCCUCCAGAGGGUGAGGGGCACAGCAGGAGGAGGAGCAGUCUGGCCGGAAGCCCUCGGAAGAGCAGCUCAGCUGCAACGGCUGCUUCGGCAGGUGCCUCCCCAGAUGCAAAAGGAAAAACUCACCUGGCCAAAGCGGAGGGCAGCCGCCCGGGUGGGCCUGAAGGAUGGGAGAGGCGGGAGCAGCACAGAUUCCGCCAAAGCUUCCCACCGGAACAGGCAGACGACGCCCGGCAGAGCAGACAAAGGAGUGCCUCUCAACAGCGCUUCCUGCCUUGUGAAGAGAAAAAGGACCUGGAAAAAGAACGGAGCCGGCCAGACCCUGAGAGCCCAGGAGCCAGCAGCUCUCCACACCUGACUUUCCAGCGGAGGAGUCGCAGCUUCUACGGGGACCGGAGGGUGGACCACUGGGCAACGGAUCAGCUGAAGCAAUGCUUUGGCAGGCCGGCAGCCGAGGCCAAGGACACCGAGACGCUGGUGCGAGAGGCUGACAGCCAGUAUGGCACCUGGAGCGACCGGCAGCACAGUGGGGACAGCCUGGUGCCAGAAUCGCCUUCCUCCGACAGCAACGUGGCCUCAGCCCGGAAGCAGCCGCCCCCCAGCAGCCGGCUCUCCUCCUUCUCCUCCCAAACCGACCCGGCCUCCACGACUGACCCGCAUGACUCCUCCCGGGGCCGAAGGAGCACCAGUCUGGACCGUUCCAGCACCGACGUGGAGUCUGCUGAUGGCACUGAAGGCCCAGCACCAGCUGAGGCCUGCCCGGACUUCUCCUUCCUGGAGCAAACACCAGUGCUGGACUCCAGCGCCCUGAAGACCCGGGUGCAGCUCAGCAAAAGGCGGCGCCAGCAUCGGGCUCCCAUCUCCCACCUGCUCCGGAGAAGCAGCGGGGGAGAGGCCGAGGAGCAGCCCUCCGUGACGGAGGAGGCAAGCAGUGCCUGGAUGUUCAAGGAUUCUACAGCACCACACCUGGAUUCUGAAGAAAAGUCAGUGGAGCCUGAAGUGGCGGAGGGGGAGGCGGAGGGGAAGCAGCCCCCACCCUCAGAAAAGCCGCCCGUCUCCCAAGCCCAGCGACUGCCUGUCUUCCCAGGCCUGGACCACUCUGCCCUCAAGGUUCAGCUCCGGAGAAGACAGGAGCCGGAGGGAGCAGGGGACGUCAGUCCUGCACAGGCGUCCAGGUCUCCGAAGUCCGUGUACCAGCCAGGAGGCCCCGGGGUCAGAGUGCUGCCCGCCGGCACAGAGAAGGAGGAGAGACUGGAGGAGGCGUCUCCCUCUCCGCAGUGGCUGAAGGAGCUGAAGUCGAAGAAGAGGCAGAGCCAGUACGAGAACCAAGUGUGAGGAGGCGGUCUGGAGAUGGUGGGGAGCCCACCUGAGGGGCAGCCACGCAAAGAACUCCAGACAAUUCAUGGCAGAUCAGCCGUGGUAGUUAAAUGGAAGGAACCUCCACAUUUGGAGGCAGUCUACCUCUUGAGCGCCAGAUCUGGGGGACGAAGGAAGGAAGGCCCCGCUUGCGGGUUUUCCAGAGGCCUCCCUGGCUUGCUUCCAUGGGAAGGAGGACAUUGGUGUGGGUGGGCCCUUAGCGUGAUCCACCUUGCCCGCUUCUGACUCCAGCAAGCAAACCACUUCGGAAGGGAAGGCAAAGGAAGACACCACUCCUUUCCAGAUGAGAAACAGGAGAUGAGUCAGCUGGAGAUCCUGGGAGCUGAGUCUCGAACGUGGCUCUCUUGGGCUCCUGGGGGUGGGGUGGUCCUCCAGAAGACACGUCUGCUUUGCUUCACCCCCACCCUCUCUGCCUCUCCCUCCUCAGCAGCUGGAAGGCCUUCCUUGCGGGGAAGACACUGACAUGGUAACAGAAGCCUUAAGUUGCCCACAGCCUCUGGGCCUGCUGCUUCCAGCCUCAACCGCUCUGCGCUCAGUGCCUUCCCUUCUGGUGCAGGAAGCCUCUCCCCAGGAAGCCAACAGGAGGAAGAGCGAGAGCGGGAGAUGAAGAGCUCUUCUUGGUCCCCCCAAGGCUGUGGGGUUGGGCCUCUGCAGGUGCUGCUGCUGCCGGGUGCCUGCAGGAGGCGCUAUUGCACUGCGAAGCUAUGGGGCCUGGGGUGGGUGCCCUUGAGAGCGCCGGCGGGGUCCAGGCCUUGCAAAAGAGAGCAGUGGAACGAACGGGUGAUGUCUUGGAGUGGCCUUGUGGGACUGUGGGGUGGGUGGGGAGGAAACCAGGCUACGUUUACUGCCACAUUGAAAAGGAAAUUUUGACUGUUGGCUGUUUUUAACGUCUAUUUUGGAUUGGGUCAGGAUAACGUGACUGGGAGGUCUGCUGCCCAGACCACGAUAAAGUGAUUUUUGUUUCCU